AGAGUGAAGAAGAAACAUCUCUCUGUCUCUGUCUCUGUCUCUCUCUCUCUCCCCUGCUUAAUCGCGCACGAGCUCGAGCUCCAUCUCUCUGCAACUCGGAGCACCGUCGCUCGAUCGGACAUCGCUGCCGCCACCAUCCUCGUCCCUCCGCCGCAGCGCGAUCGCCUGAUCGUCAUUCCUCCGCCGGUCCCCAAUGACUCCGGGGUCCUCCGCUCAUCCCCCCUACCCCCUACCCCACCGUACGAUGGAGCCGUACGGCGCGUCCGGCGAGGAGCCGCGGUCCGAUCCCGGCGCCCAGACAGGCCUCGAAGGUGACGUAUGUGGCGGUUGGAAUUGGGAGGUGCUAAAUCGUACCCGCAGAGGCCCGACGAGGCCGAUUGCAACUACUAUUUGCGGACAGGGUUUUGCGGAUACGGUGCGCGGUGUCGUUUCAAUCAUCCGCCCGACCGUAGCGCGAGUAACCAUGUUCAGAGUAGACCGAAGAUUUUGUACGCUUCUCAGGUGCUUGGGGCUACACGAGCUGGUGCAGUUGAGUAUCCUGAACGCUUGGGCCAGCCAGUAUGCCAGUACUACAUGAGGACGGCUACAUGUAAAUUUGGUGUGUCCUGUAAAUUUCACCAUCCUAAGCAGGGAAUUGGUUCUGCUGUCCCUGUCGCGCUCAAUUAUUAUGGUUUCCCAUUACGCCCGGGCGAGAAAGAGUGUUCCUAUUAUGUAAAGACAGGGCAAUGUAAGUUUGGUGCCAUGUGUAAAUUUCACCAUCCUCAGCCAGCUGGAAUCCAGGUUCCAACACCAGGAGCAGGACCACAGAUUGCACCGGUGGCUACUCCGUUUAUGGCAUCUGCAGUGUAUCCUGCUGCGCAAUCCCCUGCUGUUCAUUCAUCUCAACAGUAUGGUGUUGUAGUCGCAAGGUCUCCUGUAUUGUCAUCGUAUGGCCCCUAUGGUUCUGUUUUGCUCUCCCCCAGCAUGGUUCCUUAUCAUGGUUGGAGUCCUUAUCCGGCAACGGUUGGUCCGGUGGCAUCUCCAAGUACUCAACCUUCUACGGGGUCGAGUUCAGUGUAUGGAGUAACCCAACUAUCUCCACCAGUGUCAGGUUUCCCUGGACAAUAUCAACCUUUACUUCCCUCUUUCAGUGCUUCAAGUGGUCACCAAAAGGAACAGUCAUUUCCAGAGAGGCCUGGCCAACCUGAGUGUCAAUAUUACAUGAAAACAGGAUAUUGUAAAUACGGAUCUUCGUGUAGAUACCAUCAUCCACCAGAUCUGAUUUCUCAAGAAGCAAGUGUUUUUCUUAGCCCCAUUGGAUUGCCAUUGCGUCCAGGUGCGCCACCCUGUACUUAUUUUGCGCAACAUGGAGUAUGCAAGUAUGGACGAGCUUGCAAAUUUAAUCACCCAAUGGGAAUGCUGAGUUACAGCCCAUCUGCAUCUUCUCUGGCAGACAUGCCCGUCGCACCGUACCCAGUGGGAUCUUCCAUUGGCACGCUAGCUCCGUCUUCUUCUUCUUCAGAAUUGCGGCCUGAAGUUACUUCAGGGUCUGUCAGGGAGGUAUCAUCAACGAGGUCAUCCUCAUCAAUGAGUGCAUCCAGUGCAUCAAUUGCUUCAGUACUUUUGAAGAGUGAAACCGCUUCUCAUUCUAAGUCCCAAAAGUCUGGUCAGAAUCCUGGCUCUUCACCUGGCAACAACAGCAGGACUACAGAAGAUCGGAGUUCAAUCUGAAUUAAUGGAACAAAAAGCUUUUGAUCAUACAUAGCCCAAUUUUUGAUGAACCCAAAACAUCACAUUUUUUGCCGAAACACUCCCAAGUAGGAGGCGCGUUCUCAGAUUCUGGUGCCAACAUUCAGGUCUAGCAUACUGCUGCAGCUCCUGUCAGCUCCACCCUAAUACAAUUUUUAGUUGGCCAUACCUUUUAUCUUGAAUAAGCAUGGCCAAUUGACAAAGGAUUAGCACAAGCUAUAUAUUUUUCCUUCAUUGCUAUGAAUACGACGGACAAGGGAGUCUGCAGUCCGAAACCUACAACCAUCUGCCCCAAAUUUUGAAGGUUGUGUUUAUUUAUGACUAAAUGGCGAAGAUUGCUGGUACUGUCCUUCCUCAUUAGACACGUCUUGAUGUUGCAUUUCACAUCAAUUUUGGGAAAGAGCUUCCAGUUCAACUGAGAGAGAAACUUGGAGUUCUUUCCCAUUCCCCUCUUUUUGUGCAGGGUGUAUUAUUGAAUAAAAGCAGUUGACAAGAGACCCCAAGGGCUCAUUCUGGGUUCCUUUACUGGAUUAUUACCUGGUUGUUAGAUAUGUCAUCCUCUUGGUGCCGUGACUGCUUGUCUCGGUCUUUGAAAUUAUACAAAAUACAAGUACAUGAACAAUUUUCUC